UCGCUGCCCGGGCCAGGCGGGAUCUCAGCCCCGCCCGCUGCCCGCGGGGAGCCGGCUCCGUUAGACGGGAACCCGGCAGCUCGGCAUCCUCCGCCCUGCGCUGUGCGGCGGUAUCUGCCCCCGGGCCCGCGCCCCCAGCCCGCCCGCCAGACCUCGCCCGCAGCCUCCAGAAACAGUAGGCUUGAGUUACCAUGGUAGAAGCAACCCUGAGGAGUAACGGUACAGCAGAGGAAAACAGCACCAGCUUCUAGUAAACAUGAUUCCUGUCACCGAAUUUCGUCAGUUCUCUGAACAGCAGCCAGCAUUCAGAGUACUGAAGCCAUGGUGGGAUGUGUUUACAGACUAUCUCUCAGUAGCCAUGCUGAUGAUUGGUGUCUUUGGAUGUACAUUACAGGUCAUGCAAGACAAGAUAAUAUGCCUUCCAAAAAGAAUACAGCCUUCACAGAAUCACUCUCACAUUCCAAAUGCAGUCCCAAAUACAACUCCACUUCCUCCACCCAAACCAUCCACUACUCCUGCCACUGUUGAAAUGAAAGGACUAAAGACUGAUUUAGACCUUCAGCAGUAUAGCUUUAUAAACCAAAUGUGCUAUGAACGUGCACUGCACUGGUAUGCAAAAUACUUCCCUUACCUUGUCCUUAUACAUACUCUGAUAUUCAUGCUAUGUAGUAACUUCUGGUUCAAAUUCCCUGGAUCAAGCUCAAAAAUUGAACACUUCAUUUCCAUACUGGGGAAAUGUUUUGAUUCUCCCUGGACAACAAGGGCCUUAUCUGAAGUGUCUGGGGAAGACUCAGAAGAGAAGGACAACAGGAAGAACAACAUAACAAGGUCAAAUACUAUCCAACCUAGCACAGAAGGCACUUUGGUCAAGACUCAGUCUUUAAAAUCGAUACCUGAAAAGUUUGUUGUAGAUAAGGGGACGGCAGGGGCAUUGGAUAAAAAAGAAGGAGAACAGGCAAAAGCACUGUUUGAAAAGGUGAAGAAAUUCCGACUGCACGUUGAAGAAAGUGAUCUGCUCCAUGCUAUGUAUGUUCGUCAGACUGUACUUAAAGUUAUUAAAUUCCUUAUCAUUAUUGCUUACAAUAGUGCACUAGUUUCAGAAGUUCAAUUUACAGUAGACUGUAAUGUUGACAUACAGGACAUGACAGGAUAUAAGAAUUUUUCCUGUAAUCAUACCAUGGCACAUCUGUUCUCUAAACUUUCCUUCUGCUACCUGUGCUUUGUAAGCAUCUAUGGACUAACAUGCCUUUACACUUUAUAUUGGUUGUUCUAUCGUUCACUAAAGGAAUAUUCCUUUGAAUAUGUUCGGCAAGAGACUGGAAUUGAUGAUAUCCCAGAUGUUAAGAAUGACUUUGCUUUUAUGCUUCACAUGAUAGAUCAAUAUGACCCUCUUUAUUCAAAGAGAUUUGCAGUGUUCCUGUCUGAAGUCAGUGAAAACAAGCUGAAACAGCUGAACUUAAACAAUGAAUGGACUGCAGAUAAAUUGAGACAGAGGCUACAAACAAAUGCAUAUAACCGGCUAGAACUGCAGCUCUUCAUGCUUUCUGGACUUCCAGACACAGUUUUUGAAAUUACAGAGCUGCAGUCUCUAAAACUUGAAAUAAUUAAUAAUGUUAUGAUACCAGCAACCGUUGCACAGUUGGAUAAUCUCCAAGAGCUCUCUUUGUACCAGUGUUCUGUGAAGAUCCACAGUGCUGCCUUGGCUUUUCUGAAGGAAAAUCUGAAGAUCUUGAGUGUCAAAUUUGAUGACAUCAGAGAGCUUCCACAUUGGAUGUAUGGGCUCAGAAAUUUAGAAGAGCUCUAUUUAAUUGGUUCUCUCAGUCAUGAUAUUUCCAAAAACAUUACUCUUGAGUCUUUUCGGGAACUUAAAAGCCUUAAAAUUCUCUACAUUAAAAGCAAUGUAUCCAAAAUCCCACAAUCAGCAGUUGAUGUUUCAAGUCAUCUUCAAAAAAUGUGUAUUCAUAACGAUGGCACCAAAUUAGUGAUGCUCAAUAACCUGAAGAAAAUGGUUAACUUGACUGAGUUGGAGCUGGUUCACUGUGAUUUGGAGCGCAUACCUCAUGCAGUUUUUAGCCUUCUCAGUCUCCAGGAAUUGGAUUUAAAGGAAAACAACCUCAAAUCAAUAGAAGAAAUAGUUAGUUUUCAAUAUCUGAGAAAACUUACAAUCCUAAAACUGUGGUACAACAGUAUAACAUAUAUCCCAGAGCAUAUAAAGAAACUCACUAGCCUAGAGCGUCUUUCCUUUAGUCACAACAAAAUAGAGGUUCUUCCAUCCCACCUAUUCCUAUGCAACAAAAUCAGAUACUUAGACUUGUCUUACAAUGAUAUACGAUUUAUUCCACCGGAAAUAGGAGUGCUGCAAAGUUUACAGUAUUUUUCCAUCACUUGUAACAAAGUGGAGAAUGUGCCAGAUGAAUUAUACUUUUGCAAAAAACUUAAGACUCUUAAGAUUGGGAAAAAUAAUUUGUCAGUCCUUUCACCUAAAAUUGGUAAUUUAGUAUUCCUCUCCUAUUUGGAUAUUAAAGGCAAUCACUUUGAAAUUCUCCCGCCUGAACUUGGUGAGUGUAGGGCUUUGAAGCGGACUGGCUUGGUUGUAGAAGACACUUUGUUUGAAACUUUGCCUUCUGACAUUAGAGAGCAGAUGAAAGCUGAAUAAUUUACUUCCUUUUACUCAGUUUUACAGAAAGAUGCUUCUACCAAAUAUACUAUAUAAAUAAUUUGAUAGUCUGAAUAUGCCUUUAUUGAUGUGUUUAUUUUAUUUUUUCUUUUGUCCUUUUAACACAAAACUAUCUGUACAAACAAAUGUGGAGUAAGGAAUAUAUAUAUUUUUAAAUAAAAAUUUACUUGUAUUUUUUCACAGUUUAAAAAUAUUUAAAAGUUUAUUUUGCCCUGAUAACAAAAGUGUCUGAAAAAUUAUUUUGUACUGGCAAAAGCUAAUGGUUAGAUCAACUGUUUCUUAAUUUUGGCUAGAAGAGGAUAGUGUGCUUCCAGCUGUCUACCUUGAGUAGCAUAUUUUUUAAUAGAUGAAUGUAUCAUCUCCUGGGCCAUUGUUAAUACCUUAGGAUCUUUUUUUCUAGGGGCUGAUUCUGUGGGAUGUUGAGCAGCCUCAAUCCCUGUUUUCAUCAAUGGUGCCCAGUACCUCACAAAACCUGACCUUGAUUAAAUGUCCUUUUGUUGAGACUCCACACAUACCAACUAUUCUCCCAAGUGGUCAAAGUCAUUUAGGCCUGGUGUACACUAGGUGGGGGAUUGAGCUAAGAUACGCAAAUUCAGCUACUAGAAUAGCAUAGCUGAAGUUGACGUAUCUUAGAUGGACUUAAAUCACUUACUUUGCGUCCUCGCGGCGCGGGAUCAACGGCCAACGCUCCACCAUCGACUCCACUUCCGCCUCUCGCCAUGGUGGAGUUCCAGAGUCGACGGCAGAGCGAUUGAGGAUCGAUUUAUCGUGUCUACACUAGACACGAUAAAUCAAUCCCCAACAGAUCGAUCACUACUUGCCGAUCCGGCGGGUAGUGUAGACAUGGCCUUAGAAAAGUUUCUAAGGGGCCUACGGAAAUUAGGUGCACAACUUCCAUUGAAAGUUAAUGGGCACCUAACUCCCUUAAGCCCCUCUAAAAAUCUCAGCCUCCAUCUCAUGCAGUAUGCUGAACAGAGCACAUCUGCUGUCGUUAUUCUUCAGAACGGAACGAGUAAGGCUAAGAUUUUCAAAGUAGUAUAGGAGAGUCAAUCUUGGAAGGAGGAGUACUUGUGGCACCUUAGAGACUUUUAGUCCCUAAGGUGCCACAAGGACUCCUCGUUCUUUUUGCUGAUACAGACUAACACAGCAACCACUCUGAAUCCUGGAAGGAUUCAAGUUUUAGAUUUUUUUAAAAGAAGGGGAUGUAGCCUCCCACCUUCCAUUAAUUUGAACAGAAGGUAUGUGACUAAGUCACUGCUUUGAAAAUCUCAACCCAGAUCUUUACAUUCUGCAAGGUAAAGAUGAAAUACCACAGUCAGGGAGCUCUCCCUCCCAUCCCACAACCAAGGGCCUAUUCUUACACAGUGGUGAGUGCCUUCAACUUCCAUUGAAUUCACUCCCCUCCCCCCAACACUUCUUCCCCCCACACCAGGGUGUUUGGCAUCUCAUAUGACUGAACUGUUUGGGGCUUAGGAUCAUUGCAGUUAUCUUUGGUCUGUGAAGCUUUUGACCAGGAAACAAAAAUGCUUCCAGCAGCUAAGAAGCUCUGCAGUGGGCUUGGUAGCAUAUUACCAGGCUUGGCAGAGGAGCCUUUAAGAUUAUCAGAAACCAGAUUAAAUUAAAAGAAUCUAAUAUUAACAUGUCAAGUCUCAGCAUAGCAGAGGAUGGUGGUGAAAAUCACAUUUGUUUUAAUUUUCCAGCUAGUGAUUAAAUUGAAAAUUGUACAAUUGGAAGCCUGCUUUUUUAAAUAAUUUAAUAAUCUGUAAUAGGCUGACACAAUAGUAUAUCAGGUUGGGAAUUUUAUCAGCUAAAUCUAUGUUAAAUUAUUUUGUCAACUACUCCUGCCAUUUACGCUUACAUGGGCAGGUCUGGCAGGUGUUGUCCAUUUUAAUUCUAUGUGCUGUUCGAAAGCUAAUUUAAGCCUAAUAAAAAAUAAUUUAAAAUUUCCCAGGGCGUCUCCUCUUCCCCUGUAUGUUUGAAUCACAAUGCAGGCACUGGAUAAUUGCUAGCAGAUAACUAGAAAUAAGUAUUUCCUUUGAAAGGGCAGUCAUGCUGUUUGUAAAUUGCAGGGGCUUGGCUGCUAAUUUUUCAAAGUUAUGUGAAACAAUUACUAGGUAGUUGUCAGGGUAUUUGCUCUUUGUUGCCAGUAUUGCUUGUGUGGCUUGCACUAUAGUUAAUUUAAGUUUUGGGUAUUGGUACAAAAGCAUGUUGUUGCUUUAAGAAUCUGACAUAUGGGGGUGGGAGAGAUGAAGAAAAAUAUUUUUUUCCCCGUUAAUCCAGGGUGUACUAUGUAGUUCAGUAAGAAUACUUGCCAUAGUACCAAAGUCUGACUUACUUUUUCCAUAUAAUUAACAAGAUGGGUUGGAUGUGAAGGAACCAAAGCAAGCUUUUUAAGUUUAGCUCUAUAACUGAUGUAGCUGUUGCAAGGGCUACUUUUAUUCAUAUAUGGAAUGCACUUACAAGAACUGCUUCAAAUGUGCUUCAGUUGGAUGUGAUUUGGGAGAGAGAAAUGUUUCAUUGCUUGUAUUAACCUAAUUGUGUAAACCCAAGUGCUGUAGUUCCUGAUGAAUGUAAACUGUUUAAAAUGUCCAAGAAAUCAGUGAAUCUGUAUCAUUCUCUUACUUAGAUCUGAAAUAGGAGAUUACAUUAGGGUUGAUUUAAAAAAAAAUCUUUACAAUGUCUAUAUUUAUAGAUAUAGCAUUUCAAAAACAUGAUUUAUGUUGUGUCUAUUGUCUCCCUUGUAUAGUGCAGUGUAUAUUCUGAAUGGAAAUGACACACACCUUUUAGCUAAAGUUUUGAAGGCCUGGCCUACAGACAGUUUUUGUACUGGUAUAACUAGGUCAGUUAGGGAUGUGAUUAUUUAUCUAUUACAGUUGUACCAGUAGUACCUCUAGUGCAGUGGCUCUCAACCUUUCCAGCCUAGUGUGGCCUUUCAGGAGUCUGAUUUGUCUUGCAUACCCCCAAGUUUCACCUCACUUAAAAACUACUUGCUUACAAAAUCAGACAUAAAAAUAAAAAAGCGUCACAACACACUAGUUGAAAGAAAAAUUGCUUACGAUCUCAUUUUUACCAUAUAAUUAUAAAAUCAAUUGGAAUAUAAAUAUUGUACUUACAUUUCAGUGUAUAGUAUAUAGAGCAGUAUAAACAAGUCAUUGUCUGUCUGAAGUUUUAAUUUGUACUGACUUCGCUAGUGCAUUUGAUGUAGCCUGUUGUAAAACUAGGCAAAAUGUGUAGAUGAAUUGAUGUACCCUCCAGAAGACCUCUUUGUACCCCCCUGGCUGAGAACCACUAGUGUGGACACAGUUAUACUGAUAUAAACGUGCUUUAUACUGGUAUAGCUUAUUCCCCUUCCUGUAUGGGAGUAGCUGCACUUCUAUAAGCACAUUAAUAUUGGUAUAACGGCAUCCACCCGCGGAGGUUUUAUCGCUUUAAUUAUACAGAUGUAGAUAAACCGGUAUAGUUGUGUUUAGACAAGCCCUUAGAAUCACAAUGAAUGAUAAAAUAUCAAAUCACAGUUAUCAGUUUAAUCUUAUGAAACAAACUCAGGUAAAUGGCCUGUUGGCUUUUUCUAAACUUCUUAAUAUCUAGUCUGUGGGAUGUAUUUUAAAAUUACAGUAUUUUAGAAAUGCUCUUGCUAACAAAAGAUUGUUUCCUAAUUCCAUAUGAGAUCCAGGAAAGAUUGCAUAUGUAAAUGUAAAAGUGCCAUAUUUACUCAGCCAUUCAUUUACUACUCAUACGUAUAUUUACCUGCAAUGGAUUAUGGAAAAUCUUUCUGGGAACUACAGUAAUCUAGUAAGAAUGGAUGGACUUUUUAUUGAUAAUACUAUAGUCAUGAUUUGAAUGAGUAUAUAUGUCCAGUUAUAUUAAACAGGUGCCAAGUAACUAACAAAAUUCCCUCAUAUAAACAAAGCAUUCUAUAUCAUUGCAGAAAAUGCAAAUCAUUCUUAGUUAUAGAAACAGAGAGAACAGAUGGUGGAUCAAACAUAAGAAAACUACCUUUUGAUUUUUAAAAAUGUGUACUGAACCUGAAAAGCAGACCUAUUGCAUGAUCAGAAUCUGGGUAUGUCUGUUUCCCCUGUUGUAUCUAGCCAGUCUGACUAGCUCGCACAUAUUCCUAGUGAAAAGCACCUGUUCCAAGUCUCAUAUCUCACAUUUCCAGCACUUCCAUUAAUGCAUGUGCUUAAGUGAUGACAAGACCUGUAAGACUGUCAAAGGAAAUCUUUGAAAUUUGACUUAAUAGACAAACGGCUUAAUCCUGUGGUGAGAAACUUCUUAAUUGAUAAUAGGCCUGCCUAGUGUUAUAUUGCAUUAAAGAACACACACAAAAAAUAAUAAAAACUGUUUUUUUGUAAUUUAAAACAUUGACUGACUGUAAUGUGAUUAUUUGUUUUGCAAACAUUUUUCUUUUCUGUGUCUGUUUUACCUAAAGACCAAUCAUAACCGUUUCCUUGAUUUAAUGAUUUUUGGGGGCUGAGGAGUUGGGAAUAUACUUUUGAAAUACAUCAAAAGGUUUUAAAGAUUUAUAAUAAUUUAAUCUGACCUCCUGUGUAACAGAAGUUAUAAAAUUUUCACCCAGUAAUUCCUGCAUCAGCCCCAAAACUUGUAAUUAAACAGUGUAUAUACAGUGCUCUAUUUUAUUUGUAAUAUUUUCAUAUCCUGCUUUUCUGUGUCCAGACUAAAUUCCAGCUGAGGUUGGCAGCAUGGAAUUACCCUGAUUCCCUGUGUAGUUUCAGCGGGUUAAAGUAUUCCUCUCUCCAAUUCUCUUGAAUGGUUAUUUUGAAAUGCUGCUGCAGGCUGUUAACAGGCUGCCAACAUGCAACCUACUGUGACUGCAUUUCAGGAAAGAGGAUUUUGGUUCUUGCAUCUGAUUUAUAUUUUAUUACUUUAUUUAGAAAAUGUACCUAUCCAAAGUCAUGGUCAUGCGUAUUGGUGGCCUUCACCUUGUUAAAGGGUCUUGGACUCUUAGGCCUGGUCUACACUACGAGUUUGUCGGAUUUAGCAGCAUUAAAUCGAAUUAACCCUGUACCUGUCCACACAACGAAGCCAUUUUUUCGACAUAAAGGGCUCUUCAAACCGAUUUCUGUACUCCUCCCCCAUGAGGGGAUUAGUGCUGAAAUCGGCAUCGUCUUUGUGACUUAGAGUUAGUGUGGACGCAAUUCGAAGGUAUUGGCCUCCGGGAGCUAUCCCACAGUGCACUAUUGUGACCACUCUGGACAGCACUCUGAACUCUGAUGCACUGGCCGGGUGUACAGGAAAAGCCCCGGAAACUUUUGAAUCUCAUUUCCUGUUUGGCCAGGUGAGAUCAUCAGCACAGGUGAUCAUGCAGAGCUCAUCAGAACAGGUGACCAUGCAGUCCCAGAAUUGAAAAAGAGCUCCAGCAUGGACCGAAUGGGAGGUACUGGAUCUGAUCGCUGUAUGGGGAGAUGAAUCUGUACUAUCAGAACUACGUUCCAAAAGACGAAAUGCCAAAACAUUUCAAAAAAUCUCCGAGGCCAUAAGGGACAGAGGCUACAGCAGGGAUGCAACACAGUGCCGGGUGAAACUUAAGGAGUUCAGACAAGUGUACCAGAAAACCAAAGAAUCAAACGGACGGUCAAUCAAACUGGAGAGCCCCGAACAUGCUGCUUCUAUGCUGAGCUGCAUGCAAUUCUGGGGGGGCCGCCACCACUACCCCACUCCUGUCCGUGGACUCUGAUGAUGGGGUACUCUCCGCCAUACCUGAGGAUUUUGCGGACGGGGAAGAUGAGGAGGAGGAGGAUGAGCUUGAAGAGAGUACACAGCACACCGUUCUCCCCAACAGCCAGGAUCUUUUUAUUACCCUGACUGAAAUACCCUCCCAACCCAACGAAGCCGGAGAAGGGACCUCUGGUGAGCGUACCUUUUAAAAUAUAAUACAUGUUAUAAAAGCAAGUGUUUUUUAAUGAUUAAGUAGCCCUGAGGACUUGGGGAUGCAUUCAUGCCAGUACUGUUACUGGAAAAGUCUGUUAACGUGUCUGGGGAUGGAGCGGAAAUCCUCCAGGGACAUCUCCAUGAAGCUCUCCUGGAGGUACUCUAAAAGCCGUUGCAGAAGGUUUCUGGGGAGAGCAGCCUUAUUCCAUCCUCCAUGGUAGGACACUUUACCACGCCAUGCUGGUAGCAAGUAAUCUGGUAUCACUGCAUGACAAAGCCUGGCAGCGUAUGGUCCCGGUGUUUGCUGGCAUUCAAGCAACAUCCAUUCUUUAUCUCUCUGUCUUAUCCUCAGGAGAGUGAUCUCGUUCAUGGUAACCUGGUUGAAAUAGGGGAAUUAAUUAAGGGGACAUUCAGAGGUGGCCAUUCCUACUGGGCUGUUUGCCGGUGGCUGAAAAGAAAUCCUCCCCGAAGUUAGCCACGCGUGGGGAAGAGGGGACAUUAGCACUGAGCUGUUUACAUUUGGCUAGCAGGGAUCUUCCCUGAUACCAGCCAUGCGGUGGGGGGAGGGUAAUGCGAUCAUCCCAGAGAAUUGGAUGAUUGGGGGGGGAGGUUAGUUUGGUUUCUGCUGUUGCACGUUAACAGGAAAACAGAGUACUAAAUGGCCAACUCAACGUGCUUUGCUUGGUAUGGGAGAGGAGCGCACUGCUGUUAUGAAGGUUGCAGAAGCCGAAAGACUAUGGCUUACCAUGGCCGCCUGAAAGCCGAAUUCUGUUUCCCGGCACUGCGUAUGUGAUCUCUAACGCCAAAGCCGCAGGCACUCAAUGUAAGAUGCAAAAUGCGACCUUGUAUCAAAAUCACAUGUGCUAUGCAAUGUGAAUAGUGUUGUUCACCAUGAAAGAGUAUAGCCAUUGUUCUGUAAAAUGUACCUUUUAAAAUACUUCACUUCCUUUUUUUCCUCCAGCAGCUGCAAAUGUUUCAAGCCUCCCUCCUCCGUCCCAAAGGCUAUCUCAGAUAAGGUGGCGAAAAAAACGCACAUGCGAUGAAAUGUUCUCUGAGCUCAUGCAGUCAUCCGGCACUGACAGAGCUCAGCAGAAUGUGUGGAGGGACACAACAGCAGAGUACAGGAAAGUGGCCAAUGAACGUGAGGAGAUGUGGUGGCAGGAUGAUCAGAGGAGGCAUGAGGCAAUGCUGGGGCUACUGUGGGAUCAAACGGACAUGCUCCGGCAUCUGGUGGAGGUUCAUGAAUGGCAGCAGGAUCACAGACUGCAGCUGCAUCCCCUGUUUAACCGCCCUCCCUCCUCCCCGAGUUCCAUAGCCUCCUCACCCAGACGCCCAAGAACGUGGAGGGUGGGGGAGGCUCUGGGCACCCAACUACUCCACUCGAGUGGACAGCCCAAGCAACAGAAGGCUGUCAUUCAAGAAGUUUUAAAGUGGCCUUUUCCUUCCCUCCUCCCACACCCCACCCGGGCUACCUUGUGAGUUAUCUUCCUAUUUUCAUAAUCAAUUAAUAAAGAAUACAUGUUUUUUAAA